CGUAGUACAACUUCUGGCGUUACGUUUAUAUUUGUUCGACAGUUUCAGGAUCCUAGUCUAUACAAAUCUUCAAAAAAUCAUUAUAAUAGGCUUCAUUUUAACGGCGUUUAUAUAGAAAUAGGUAUAUUGAAGCGUUUUCGUCGAAAUCAAGGGGCGAAAAUAAGAAAUAAGUUGUUUCUGAUUAGUUCAUUCUAAAGUUAUCGGGUAGUGGCAUACAAGGUAAGGAUAUUAGACAUGUCUCUGAGUAAGUCAAAUGUCCCAAGCUCCUUGCUUUGGAGAAAUUUUGGGGUUUUUGUGCCAUUUCCGCAAAAUUUACCAUAGCGGCUUCCCCAAAAUGUGCCAAAUUUUCCUCAAAAUUGGCAGCUUGGGUUGCCAGCAGACUGGAACAAUGAAGUUUUCCGCUGUGUAAACCAGGAAGUGAACAUUUAGUAUAUGACAAUCCCACAGUGGACCUGAAAGUCUAAGCAAAUCCCCUGACAAAGUCCAAUAUGUGUCUUCGAGCAGUCUUGAAAGGUUCGGGAACCAGUUACUGAGUUAGAAAUCGAAACUUAUUAUUUCAAUGACAACAUGUGAAGGUAGGUUGUAGCUUAUCACCAUAAGAAUCCAUGAAAAUUUGGUCCUUUUAAGGGAUCGUUCCAUCUCAUUUGUCUGGGUACGAUCUACCCAAAGUUCUGAGACCAUCAGUCCGAUUAUCUUCAGGUGUAGGUGAAAUUUAUGUACCCAUGUUCUGUCGGAAUACAGUAAGAUUCGUUGGUUAAUGGGAAUAUAGUUACUGAGGCUCACAGCUAUCAAUAGUCAUAAUGCGCAAGUUGUUAGCCGAUUGUUAGUAAAGCCCUUCCAGAUGAAUAUUUCGGUCAUUUUUCAGUUCCUCUCUAGGUUGCGUCUCAAAUCCACUUAAACUCACUCAAGUACAAUCAUCUUACGGGGCAACGUCCAAAAAAUAAUGUCAAGUCUGUGAAGGUUUUGAAGGUUCCUUAACUAGCAAGUCUUAAGAAAUGCUUCAUUUUUUUUCCUUCAGGUGUCACAUGAAGUCGCGUAAGGUGCGAUGCUUGAGACAAACCACAGAGCUGAGUGUCUCUUCAGAUUCUGAGGAGGAUCGUCUCGAAGAUUCUACUGCACCUGUUGUUGCAGACUCCACAGUAGUUGUGGAAGCAAUAAGAGAAUUGCAAAAACUAAGGAAACGACCAGCUGGAGUAAGCUUGUCUGCACUAGCCACUGGUAAAGAAGUUCCAGAUCUCAAUCUAACAAUCGCCAACGACCCAUUUAGACUUAAGACUGGUGGUCUAGUUGACCUAAACAGUAUUUCAUCUGCUAAACAAUCCGAAGAGGACGAUGACGUUGAAGCUCGUCUAGCCAAAACGUUCGCCACAGAAACUAAUAAGAGAGAUGAAGAUGCCGAAAUGAUCAAGUACAUCGAGGAGGAAGUAGCCAAACGAAAGGGAUUAAUUAAACCCUCCACCCUAGACCGGGAUGAAGAUUCAGACUUACUACAGGAUGUUCCUGAGUAUCUCAAACCUUCAAUUGGUCAACAGAAGGAAGACAUGUUAUCCAACCAAAUGUUAUGUGGUAUCCCUGAAGUUGAUUUGGGUGUAGAAGCGAAAAUGAAGAACAUAGAAGCCACAGAAGAAGCCAAGCAAACACUUUUUAGAAAAAGAUUAAGUCGCAAACAUGGUUAUUCAACAGAUCACAUAGCACCAACUAGUAUGGCAGUCAAUUUCGUUCAGCACAGUCGGUGGAAUAGUUACACAAAUGGAAUCAGUAAAAGAGCUGAUUUGAACAACGAACGAGAACUCAACCACAUAGCCAAUAAUAAUACAAACAAACUGGAAUCAAUGGAAAAUAAUCCGAUGUCUCCUCAAAGGGAAAAUCGUCGUUUAGAUAAUAGCCGACCACAUAUUCGUAACGAAAAAUCCACAGAUAAUAUUGCACUUCAACGAUUCAAAAACUAUAUGCGCGAUAAAAGACGUCGGUGAUGAUUUUAUUCCCUCCUAUUUUUUUAUCUUGACAGGACAAUGUUUCUUCUUUUUUAGUGAUAUUAUGUUUUAAGGUAUAUUGUACAACUCAAAUGUACAUUGUAAAUAUGAUUUAUUACUAUUAUUAUGACUAUUACUAUCGUUGUUUAAUGUUUGUUUCCUAAAAAGUGCUCAGUUGUGAAGUGACUGAUUUAUUAUGGUAUCAAUCAUUGUGUUUAUUAGCUUAGCGAUAGUAUCAUCUAAGGUUAUUGAGAACUAUUAUUUCAGUAAUCCCAUAGAAUAUUGGUUACAAUAAGUACUUUAGACAACAAAUCUAGCUAACCGUUUACAAUGCAUAAUUAUGAUUGCCAACUUCUCUUGCCAUUGAAAAAUCCAUUGCAUCGUACAACACACUUAAAACUAGGAAGUAGUAAAAUUCAGCAAUUCAAAUGGUAUGAAGUAAAAAAGUAAAACAUACUAUGAAUAAAAAACCCGAGUAUCUUAGUAAUCCAUGUAUGUGUAUAAUAUUAAUUCAACUAACUUAAAUUACACUAAAAUGGUAUGGCUGUAUAUCCGUAUGUUAUACAAAUAAGUCAGUCGAACCUUUUCAUGGAAUUCGUUCAAAUACCAAAACGACAAUAAAGAGUUGGGAGGGAUGACAUCUCUCUUUUUUAAAAUGAGGCUUGUCGAAAAAGUAGCCUCCAAACUAUCCAGAAGUAUAUCUAUUAGAAAAACGUUUACAAUGGACAAUACCUUUCACAAAUUUUGUUUUUUAGUGUGAAAACAUUAUUUCGGUGAAACUCUACUAUGAUGCAAUUAUUGGGCUAAAACCAGGCUGUUUUAUUAGAAAACAUUGGUAAUCAACGCCUUUCGAAGUAAUGGUGGUAAAAAAAAGUUUGCGUAAUUAUGAGCACAACCCGGUGUGUUUGGUUUAAAAACUUAUAUUCCCUCAUGUUAGAUAUUUCCUUUGUAAUUAUGCAAUAAAAUUAACUGAAAUGUUACAGAAAAUUCUUCAAGACUUUCCGAUUUCACUCCCCUCAUAAUUUACUUUUAAGUGAAUUUCGUAAUUCCUAAUUCUGUUAAAAUAUUAGAUUCAUCAAAAUUAUUAGCUUGUAUGUUGUUAAAGAAAUGUAAUAAAUUCAUCGUAUUCGAGAAACCUUGUUUUUGCUUUCUAUAAAUUUGCCAAGGGGUUCAUUUGAGUGAUAAUCAGUCACUGAUCGGCAAAUAUUCUCAGUUGUCACAACUGUGAUAAAAAGAUCUCUUAAAUGUCAUCAUCGUGUUUCAACACCAGGUCAACGAUAGCUCCGCCUCUCGAGAUCCUUUCAUACAGAGGCUCUAACCGCUAUUUGAUCAGCAUUAUCUUCACUUUUUCUGUGGCAGCAAUAUUCCAAAAUUAAAGAAAAUGAUGAAUCAACCUUAGGGAGUUAGGAAAUCUUUACUUGCGUUGCUUAUAAAAUACUUGACUCGAAAACAGCACUUGUCAUAUUGGCGUACUUUGAUCACUGCUCACUACGUGAACGCAUCUGUUGGUCUUUUUCCUUAGCCUCAUUUUCAAUUUAUCACAUUAAGACUUCCAAUAAACCAUAGUAAGAGGAAUAGUUCGAACGAUUUCCUGCAUACGAAAUUUACUGUCUCAGUAAGGCCACCUGUGAAGUUAAUGUCUGUGUAUAAUCUUAAUAUAUACCGACAACCCUAAACAUAGCGUUACUGCUUCAGUAACUAAAUAAACUGUUAUGUGCGCUAUAGCUAAUAAAUAACAGUUAGUUACAACCCUGAACAACAAGCAAAAUAAUGUCUUAAACAACAUAAAUUAAUUUAUCUGCCAACAUGUAAUCAACGCUUCUUGGAAAUUAGAAAGACAUUGACGACAGUUCAAUGUUUACCCAAAAUUUAU